UGUUGUACUUUAUAUCUUUGAAUACUAAUAAUAAUUGUAAUGGUUAUAUCUCAAAAGUAUACCCUGAGAUUUACAUUGUAGCUAAACUAUCACCAAUUCCACAGUCACCUGGUCUUUCAAGCUGUUAUUCUAAGAUACCUUCAUUCAAAUCAAGAAUGGUGACUAUACCAAUAGAAAAUAAAAUGGAUCAAUCAACUAACCAAUCAGCACUUUCUCCUUUUCUGCUACCCCGAAAAUUUGAUUCUAAAAUACCAAUAUUCAGACAGAGAGCUGCCACAUCAAAAGACAAUGUAAUAGAUCGAUCAACAUUAAAUAGAAAGUUUCAAGCAAACAUGAUACUGAUUGAGCCAACUGCUCCUCAAGAAAAUGAAAUCGAUAAUGGGAAGUUUCAGAGAAAAGUUCUUUAUCAGUUAUCAAAUAUGGCUAACGAAAUUAAAGAUUUACGAAUAGCAGUGGAAAUGAUGGCCGUACCAAGUUUAGAGACUGUUGCUGAGAUCCAUCUAGAAGUUAUAGCUGGAGCUAUUGGGACCUUAAAUGGAUGCAGAAAAUUAGAGGAGCAAUGUGGAGUUCUUGCUAAUCGAACAAUUUUACUUCGCCUUCUUUCACGAAUCGGAGGGUCAUCCAUUAAAGAUACUUCUAAGAAUCUAUUGAAAAGACUUUUUACAAAUUUUGUUAUGUCUCAUUUAAGUAUGGAUGGUAAAGGUUCUCUUAAAAAGCUUCCGUUUAGAGACUCUGCUCUGUGUCAACUUGUUGUUGAGUGUGUAUUGAAACGAUAUUCUACGUCUUCUUUGUCCGAAAUAUAUUCGUGCAUUGGUUCUCAUCUUAGAAUGGCUCCGUUUCGUUUAGGUUACACUGGGAAAGGUGGCGCCCAUUUUCCCAAUUCUCAAGAUGGAGAGGCUGGCUUGAACGAUUCAAGCAAAGAUGAUGCUUAUUGUCAUGGAAGCGAUCAUGAUAAUGAUAAAUACGAUAAUUCAUAUUAAAAUAAUUAAAAUUAGUGUAAACAUGUUUAAGACUUGCAUGUAUGAAAAAAAAUAUCUGUAUGUUUGA